AUGGCCGGCAGAUCUGCCUCUGACCAUGCCCGCCCGACUUCGGCUCCUCCGCUAAAUAGAGUCUCCAAAUCUGCCAUCUCAACCAAACCCAAGCGCCGCCCCGGUCGCCCUUUCAAAUUCCUCCGUAACUCUUCGCACUCUCAAUCCAGUCGAUCGCCUUCAUCCGCUAUAUCUCUUAUAUCUGCUCAAUCGGACUCCCCUAGUGCUGCACCGCCAAUCCGCCGACGUGCUCUGUCCAGACUCGAAACUUUGCCCGUUGAGGUAAUUGAGAAGAUCUUCCUCUACUCGCUGAAUCCCAAUCUGCCUCGAGCAUCGUCAGUACUAGCAGCAGCCAUUUCACGAGAGCAUAUUUACAAUCUGCUUAUUAUCUUGGCAUUAUGGAACGACCCCAUGACCACCGACCCGCUCAGCCCGGCAAUGGUUGCCAUGCUUACACCGUUGGAGGACUACGUGCCGUUGAGUUGGGAUGCGCGAGGCAAAUUGCAAGACUCCAUAUUUCGUUGUCGAUGGUGCACAAUGCAACGUGUGCGUGACCAGAUUCCCCAAAUCGUCAACCUGACGCUGCAUCGCAUUUGGAUCAACACUGGCUUAGAGAUGGACCCAGAUCAGCGAGCCGCCCUUGAUCGAUUUAUGAAUCGAGAAGAUACGACCACUCUUUCCUUCACAGGAAAGAGCGGACCGAUGGAUUGGUUAGCAACCCGACUCAAUCCCGAUUGGCCUCAGAAAACCUACGAUCAAAGUUGCCAUGCCCUGCCCCCCGGCCCGUACGAGUAUGAGCUCGCUAUCGAACCCAACAUCCUUAUCCACAUAAAAUCGAAAAAUGGGCCUAGUCUUACACUUAGGCCGGCCAUUGACCUUCGAGAGUUCCCCAGCUAUCUCCUUCGUGGCUCCAAUUCCGGUUUCUCGGCCGAGGAUGUUACCUUUCUCGAGCUUUUGCGUCUCUGUUCAAACCACAGACAGUGGGAUAAUACCGAAUAUCCACUGGGAUUGACGCUGACCAAAGUGGACCGUAUGGCCUUGCACCAGGGAGUGAGAAACGCGAUUCGUUCUCAGAACUUAGACGCCCUCACCUCAUUACUCAAGAUCGAUCAAUUUUUGUACGACUGCCAGGUACGCGACCGGAGCGAGGAAAAUAUUCCUCCUUACACAAUCCCAUCUGAUCACUUCGUGACCGUGACCUGCGUGGGUCGCAAUGAUCCACGUCUCAAUUUGGCGUUCUUCGAAACCCUCGUGCGUGCCAGUGCGGAAUCUAUUCCCACCAAUUCCCUCGAAGUCACACAGUGGACGGUCGAUAAUAUCCAGCUUGCCGAACGGAAUAAUACACAGUACCGUGAGACCAAUGGCAAUUUCGCCCGAUGGUUAUCGAACUUCAUUCUGCGAUUGCCCGUGUUUAUUGAGAGAGAGGCUGGGUUUUCCCAAACUCUCUUCCGACAUGGGAGACUUGAUCUCUCAAAAUACGAGGGCCGCCGGUAUUUUGAGGAGGUGCUUCAACCUCGGAAUGAACAAAUGCUGGACUGGAUGGCUGAGAGCUCGUUUCAUCCGGAAGAAUUCUGGCUGAAACCGAGCGCCAAAGUCUCCAAGCCAGAUGUAUAA